AUGAUUUCAACCCCCCAACGCUCCUUGUCGAAACAUCAUCUCUUCCCAUCUCACACAUGGCCAACAAUUCGAGUGUGCUCAAUGCGCCUCUUCCUGAUUCGCCAUGGCGAGUCGGUUGACAAUGUGGCCGGAAUACUUGCUGGUAGAAGAGACUCCGCCCUCACAAACCAUGGAGCCGAACAAGCCCGUCGUCUGAGCAAAUACCUGGCAGAGAAUAGACCACACUUGACGCGUGUCUUCUCUUCGUCCUUGCAGCGCGCUUAUACCACUGCUGGUAUUGUGGCAGCCGAACAGUCGACCAAGGGCCUGACUGUCAGCACCGUGCCUUAUCUGAUCGAGCGCGACUUUGGCUACUACGAGGGCAAGACCAAUCGCGUUCGAAAAGGUCCGGAUCGCGAGAAACACAAGCAAGAGCCUGGCUUUGUCGACGUUGAGUCCAAGGAUAGUCUCGCCUUUCGCGCAGACCUCUUCCUGGAUCAUCAUCUCUGGCCUAUGCUGAACGAUGAGGCCGACUUUGGAGGCGCUGCUGAACACGUCGUCGCUAUUGUAUCACAUGGUAUCUUGCUGUCGAGUCUUUGGCGAAGACUGUUGCUCCGUCUAGGUCCCAAGAGCGUGACAUUCUCACGUGAAGUCAUCGCAUCUCUCGGUGAAGUCGUGCUUUCGCAUCUGGGCGGAUGGAGUAAUACCGGCUUUCUUGAACUGUCUAUCCAGGAUAUGAAUCCCCCGGACGACGAGCUCGAGAUCACUUUACCUACCGUGGUUCCAUCUCCACAUGCCAUAGCAUCUUCCGAGCCAGAGAUGCCGACAAAUGAGGAUGUUGUUGGCGAUGUAAGUGUCCCAAAGGAUGCUAUUGACCCUGAGUCAGGCGAGAAGGAAAUUUCGAGAAUCCUUGAUGGCUACCGUACUACUAUCCUUACCGUCGAUGGCCAGCAGCAUCUCCAGGGUUUGAAGCGGCAACGAGGUGGGAUUGGUCGAGCUCAACAUGAUGACAAACAGCAAAGCAUGACGGCCUUUUUCAAGAAAGCAAGAAAGGAUUGA